AUGAACCACCUCAACACGAAAUUUGAUCCCGAUUCUUUUCUCAAUCUCGACACGGACUUCACACCGUCAUCGACUCCCAACGCGAGGUCAGUGUCUAUGCUGACUCCUCAAUCGUCCAACACGUUUGCCUCGUCCGCGUCGACUCAAUCCUUUCCUGCACCGAGCUUCCAGUAUGAUGCGUAUCAUCAACAAACAGGCAUUCCGAUCGGAGCAUUAGCGAGCACGUUCAACAUCAACAGAGCCAGUGGACUUCACUACAACGAAUCGACCGGUGGCUUUGUCAUGCCAACUGAAACCUUGAAUAUGCCAUUGAGUAACCUGGACGAGUUUGAUUUCAAGCAGAACCCUGCCGACAUGGACUUUGAGACAGACUCCCCGAACGAUUUGCCCGCCAUGUUCUUCCCCGACCAAUCCUCCAGCCAUAACCAAUUCGUCAGCCCUACCACAUUGGUGGGCACGGGUACGAACAGUUCCGCCCCCAUCCAACGGAUCUACCCCGGCAUGCACAGUCAGCAGGCUGCUCAAGCCAAAGCUCAACAAGCACAAAAGCAGGAACAAAUGGCUCGUCAACAACAACAACGACCUGCAGGACAGAAACCUCUCCCGGGUCCAUCACCUACCAAGACUCCCCUUACCAAGGAUCCUCUUGUUGAGGAGAGCAUCUCGAAAGUCCUUAACCGCAUGAGACAGGCUAGUGUCGUAUCUCACUCAGAGGAAGAUGGCUCUAUCAGCGGUAUCUCGGCCAUGCCGAAGAUCAAGAAGGACGAAGACGAAAUGGACGAGGAUGAAAGACUUCUGGCUAGUGAAGAGGGCAAGAAACUGUCUAGCAAGGAACGACGACAGCUCAGAAACAAAGUAUCCGCUCGUGCAUUCCGGUCUCGUAGAAAAGAAUACAUCGGUCAAUUAGAAGGCGAGGUUGCUGCCAAGGCACAGGAAGCAAAUGAACUACGAACACAGAACCAGCAACUCCGAGAAGAAAACACUCGUCUCACAGAUCUCACCCGCAUGUUGCUCUCAUCGCAGGCCUUUUCUGGGUUCCUGCAGGAGCUGAGUCAGUCCGGCCUUCCAGCGCCAAACGUCCAAGUUGACGCUCCAAAACCAAAGCCCGGUCAAAAUCAAAGUCAACCUCAAUCCGAACCUGUCAAGAAAGACGUUGCCACACACAAUGGCACUCAACAGAUGCACGUUCAACAACCUCAAAUCGGAAUGGCUUUAGUUCCGGAGAUCCCCAUGGAUUUCGCGGCAUUUCAGCCCUCCACUGCGUGGAUGACUGCUCUACCAUCGAACGACUUCCAGGUGUUUGCGCUAAGGGAACUACCACAAGCCCCUAUCCUUGACAUUGAAGCUCUUUCCUCGAAGUCAGCUUCAAUCCCGAGUGUGUCGAAGCCUGUAAAGACAAUGCCCCUCAUACCAGAGUCUCCUGACUCGAUUGAAUGCCAGGUUGAGCCUACGAGCCCCACUCAGGUCGAUGAUUCGGUCGUACUUGACCGCGAGGCUUAUGCAUUGUACUUCGAUUCUUCUAUACCUGUCUGCAGCCAGUCUUCUCCCGAUGUCGACCUGACCGCGCUGCCGACGGAUGACAGCGUAACAGACGAGGAGAAGCUGGAAGGACUGAGACGUAUGUGUUCAAUCUUGGAUGAAGCUUGCAGUAGACUAUCAGACUUUACUCCGAGCACGUAA